UGUGGCCCACGUGACUUCGCCUUUCCCCACAACUUCGGAGGUCACGUGACGCGUCUGAUCAUUGCACUCGAGUGCGGAGACAUGGAGGUUCCGGCUCUCAACCUGAAGGCGAUUGUCUUUGUGCACUGGCUGCUGACCGUAUUUGCGUGUAUAUUGCCUAGCUGGCUUCCAAAUGCCUAUUAUCUGUCAAACUUCUCGGUCUUGGCUAUGGGCGUCUGGGCUGUGGCGCAACGAGACUCUGUGGACGCCAUAUUUAUGUUUAUGGUGGGACUGGUGGUCACCAUUGUGUUAGACAUCCUCCUCCUCGCGCUGUUUUUUGCUGGUGCAGAACAAGCCUCUGAGAAGACGCCCCUAAGGGACCUUUUUCGAUUUAGCGGUGGAAUGGCCAUCUUAAGCCUGAUCCUCAAGCCCUUGUCCUGCUUCUUUGUUUACCAUAUGUACGUGGAGCGAGGGGGUGACUGUAAUAUCAAUUUAGGCUUCCUCACAGUCUCUCGAGAUCGAAGUGCUUAUCAGACGAUCGACCACACGGAUGCGUCAGCUGAACAAGACAAACUUCCCUCCCGUUACUGAGAGAUCAUCUUUGGCCUUCAGACAAAAACCAGUAGGGAGCACCAGAAAAUUGUAGAAAGCUGGGACCAUUCAGAUGUGUGCGCUCAUUCAGAGUGAUUUUUUUAUUGCGACCCGAAGACCACUUUAAGGGAUUCUCUUUUGUACUAGUUAAGUCCGCCAUUGUUUUGGACUAAAGCAGCAGUCGUGCGUGGGAAAUUGUGUUGUGUUUGCUCCUUUAAGAACCACAUCCCCAAAAAUAUCAUAACUUCUAUUGGGGACACAUUGACCCAUGUGUAUCAGAGUCUGUACAUAAGAUGGCUUCUGUACUCGUGUAGGUUACUGAAAGGCGUACCAGUAACUGUUGGGAAACCUUCCCAACCCAGCAGCUGGGAUAUGACGUGGUAGAUCUGACUCUGCUCUUAUUGCUUUGCAGUUUCCUACAUUAGCGACUUGUGUAAAAGGAGACAAGUCUCCAGAGUCCUGCUCCUAGUCUCGUAUAUGAAACUGGUAAUGACGACAACUGUUUCUCAUGGUAACCAAUAGGAUUAGGGCUUUUAUUU